AUGUCAUUUUCAGUUUGCUAACAAGACGUGGUGUGUUUAAAUCAAAAUUUCAUAUAAAAUUUCUAAAGAACAUCUUCCUUAGUGAUCAAUAUACAAAAUGGGAGUUUGGCCAGAGGUAACAACUGUAAAAAAUGAGAACAGACAUGAAAUCAAGCUGUCUGGCGCGUCAAUAUCAAAACGAAUAUCCGAGGAAGGUUUAGACAACAGUUUGUUCCAAUUAACCAAUUUAAACCUGCUAAAUAUUAGUGACACGUGCCUCACGAUUAUUCCCGAUGAUAUAAAUAGGUUAGUUAACCUACAAUCGCUGUUAUUAUUCGGAAACAAACUGCAAGACUUUAACGAAAAUAUAACCUCUCUGCCGAAAUUAAAAGUGCUGGAUUUGUCCAGAAACGAGAUUAAAAGUAUCCCAGACGGUCUGAAUAAGAUGAAAGAAUUGACAAGCAUCAAUUUAAGUUCGAACCAAAUCGAAACUAUGCCGAAAUUCGUCGAUUUUCCCAACUUAAUUAUAGUUGAUGUGUCUAAUAACAAAUUAACCGAGUUUAUAGACCUGGAAGGCGCUCAUUUGCCACAUUUGACGGAUCUGAAACUGAACGGCAACGCUAUUGAGGCAAUCCCUAGCUAUUUAGCACAAAGUUUGCCAUCGCUGAAGAACUAUGAUAUGGGUGAUAACAAAAUCAAAGUUGUACCGGGGGAACUUGCCAAUCUGCAAAAACUAAAAGAACUAAACCUCAAAGGCAACAAACUCGCUGACAAGCGUCUCAUGAAACUAGUUGACCAGUGCCGCACCAAGCAAGUCCUAGAUUACGUCAGGGAACACUGCCCGAGGAGCGAUUCUCAAGCGCAGACAAAAGGAAAAGGGAAAAAGGGCUCCAAAAAACAAGAAGACACACCUAUCGAAGAAGCUGUCUGUGAUCUAUGCCAUUCAAUGAAGAUUCUAUAUGUCGAAGAUAAUAUCCCUAAUGUACAAAUCAUAGAGUCUCAUGUUAGCUCUGUCCGUCCGUUCAUAGUGUGUUGUAUCGUUACUGAUUUGAACUUUACGGAGGCGUCUUUUAAGAAGUUCAUUCAAAUGCAGACGAAGCUGCAUGACACGGUGUGUGAGAAGAGGAACGUUGCAACUAUAGCCACACAUGACUUGAAGAAAAUUGCACCUGGAAACCUAACCUACACAGCGAAGCCCCCGAACGUCCUGAAACUGGUGCCACUCGGGCGCUCCAAGCCUUUCACGGGUGAACAGCUGUUCCAACAGCUGGUGGCGGAGGCCGACGCACUGAGGAAGGAGAAGAAAAGAAAUGUCUACUCGGGGAUACAUAAGUAUUUGUACCUGCUGGAGGGCAAGCCGAAGUACCCGUGCCUGCAGGACUCCAACAGGCAGGUGAUCAGCUUCCCGCCAAUCACCAACUCGGAAGUCACUAAGAUGUCGCACGAGAGCACAAGCAUGUUCGUGGAGGUGACCUCCCACGCGUCCCUCGGCGCCUGCAAGACUGUCCUCGACAAGUUCCUGCUGGAGACGCUGCUGCUUGGGCAGGCUGGUCAGGACCAGGGCUACCACACGCUGAACGUGCAGCAGGUGAAGAUAGUGGACACAGAAGGCAACCUGAAGAGCGUGUACCCGUCGCGAACGGACUGCGUGUACGAGGACGCAUCCAACGUCAAAGUGUUCCGGCUGCCCAAGAAAUAAGCUGUGGCAAAAACACACGUUGAUUUUUUAUUCUUUUUUUUUAUUGAAAGUUUGAAUAAAAAUGUGAUUUGUUCUUUUAUGAAAUGGGGUCCUGAAUGUCGCUUACAAACUCUGCUCUUUUGAUUUUUCUAAGAAACCCAGCAUUCUCAGUAUUUUUUUUUUGUUAGACUUAAUUAUUUAAAUCAAGUCUUAGAAUAUCAUCUGAAUAUUACCUUAUCAUCUUUCGUAAGCGAAGCUCUGGCAGAAGAAUUCAUUAUCCGAAUAUUGUGCAAAAAAUCGGUAACAGUACACCGUGUUUUUUUUUUAUUUCCGUUAAUUUCAAGGGUGCAUACCUGAGCUUAAAUCAAGUAACUUUCCCAAAGACACCGAUAUUCUAAUUAACUCCAUUUCGAAGAUAAUAAAUAUUUUAUUUUUUUCCUAUAAGGCCUCUACAAGCUUGUACACUUGCCUUAAGGCCGGUUUACAUAUUGAUUAGUGUUUAGAAUGAGUUCAUACAUUUGCUACUAAACUUAAGUAAAAUCUCGGUCGAUCGAUGUUCGAAUUGACAUUGAUAUGUCACAGAUUUCAAUUGUUUGGUUUAGUUAAAUGUAAUGCCCGUGUUACAACAACGCUAUAUGCUACAUUUAAUUACUUUUUAAUAUUAAUUUUUCUGAAAAAAAAAGCAAAAAAAUUUUAUUUUUUUCAAAAUUAACUAUGCCAUUUAGUUUUCUUAAACGUACUUAACCAUACCCCGAAGUUAACGGAAUUCAAUAAAAACACGGUGUAUAAUAGAAAUUUACUUGUUAUCUUGACUAAAUUUAGUUGUAAAAUGAUUAGAUCUAAUUUUCAAAUACUGAUUUAAAAAGCGGAUGUAUUGUAAGUUCUUUUAUUAAUGGUCAAUAUCAAAAGGUGUUGAUUUCACACAGUAUUUUGUUAUUGUAGAUUUUUGUGCUAGACAAUGGAAUGAAUACCUUCCUUGAUUAUUUUCAAAGAAAAUAGUAGGAAAUUGCAGUGUUUAGUGUGCCCAUUUUUUUUCUUAUUUGUCAUUUCCUUUCUGAGAGAUGGUGAUUGGUGAUGUUUCAUUUUUUUUUUGUUUUUUAAGUUGUUAUGUUUCCGAGGUGAUUGUCCUCAUUAAACUCGUGUUUAUUGAUUAUAUGUGAAAACAACUGAAAAAAUUGUUUAUUUCUUUGCAGUUUAAAAUGUACCUGAUGUAUGUACAUAGGUAUAACGUAGAUUCAAGAUUGUUACUCCUAAAUCUUCCCAGUAAUUUUUGAAAAGAACCUACGCUAAAUUAUAUCAAACGCCAUAUUACUGUUAUCAAUUGAAAGUAACAAGUGUGCUAGCUUUAAGGUUGUUUCUUAAAAUUCUCUGUGAUGAAACUACCAAUGUCUCGAUGUUAAACAUCAUAAACCUAAUGUUAUGAAUAAGUGUCGACGCUUGUUUUUCUAAUAAAUAUUUUUUCAUUGUA